CAGGCAAACUGUAGUUAGUACAUCUCUCACAGACCAAAAAGAAAAAAGAAAACCUGGUAACAAGUUGUAGGGAUACAUCUUCCUCCUCUCCACAAUCUCCUAAUCUCUCAUAGGCAAACAGUAGUGGCUGAUUCAAACAGCCAGCGAUCGAUAGAGAUUGAAAGAGAGUGCUUUGUCUGCUAAAUUAAUCGAAAUUCAUUCUUUUUGCUAGUUUCAAUUUCUGUAAUUUAGGGUUUGAGGGAGUUUGAGUAGUGAGUUGCUGUUUCUUUGUUUCUUAUGUUUUAGGGCUUUUAUUAGUAGGAUCGAAUCAAUAUCAAAGGUGGAGAGAGUUUGAGAGAUUGAGGGAGAGAGGGAAAAAUAAAGGUCUCCUCCGUCUCUCUGUUCCGUCGGCUGUGGAAUAAAAGUUUCAUCCGAGGAUGGAAGGACGGAGGAUAUCGGCGAAUCCAAGGCCGUGCUCGGGAAGGAGGAUAUUGGCGAGGAAAAGACCUCGCUCCAAUGGAUUUGUUAACACCGUUAAGAAGUUACAGAGACGCGAGAUUUCUUCUAAGCGAGAUCGCGCUUUUAGUAUGAGCAAUGCCCAGGAGAGGUUUCGCAAUAUGCGUUUGAUGGAAGAGUAUGAUACCCAUGACCCUAAGGGCCAUUGCUCAGUGGUGCUUCCCUUUUUGAUGAAGAGAACUAAAGUCAUUGAGAUUGUGGCUGCACGAGAUAUUGUCUUUGCCCUUGCACAUUCUGGUGUGUGUGCAGCUUUUAGCAGAGAGACAAAUCAGAGGAUAUGUUUCUUAAAUGUGAGUCCUGAUGAAGUGAUUCGAAGCUUGUUCUAUAAUAAGAACAAUGAUUCACUUAUCACAGUUUCAGUUUAUGCUUCAGACAAUUUCAGCUCCUUGAAGUGCAGAUCAACAAGAAUUGAGUACAUAAGGAGGGGCAAGCCAGAUGCUGGUUUUGCUCUUUUUGAGUCUGAAUCCUUGAAAUGGCCCGGAUUUGUAGAGUUUGAUGAUGUUAAUGGAAAGGUUCUGACCUACUCUGCACAAGACAGCGUGUACAAGGUUUUUGACCUUAAAAACUAUACAAUGCUGUACUCUAUAUCGGAUAAACAUGUACAAGAAAUCAAAAUCAGUCCGGGCAUUAUGCUGUUGAUUUUCAAUAGAGCAACUAGCCAUGUUCCUCUUAAGAUUUUAUCAAUAGAAGAUGGCACAGUUCUCAAAGCCUUCAACCAUCUACUUCAUCGAAAUAAGAAGGUGGACUUCAUUGAACAAUUUAAUGAAAAGCUUCUUGUCAAGCAGGAAAAUGAGAAUCUCCAGAUUCUAGAUGUUCGAAAUGCAGAGCUAAUGGAAGUUAGCAGAACUGAGUUUAUGACUCCCUCUGCAUUUAUCUUCCUCUAUGAGAAUCAGUUGUUCUUAACUUUCAGAAAUAGAACUGUUGCUGUCUGGAAUUUUCGAGGGGAGCUUGUAACUUCAUUUGAAGAUCACCUGUUAUGGCAUCCUGAUUGUAAUACGAAUAACAUAUAUAUAACAAGUGAUCAGGAUCUUAUUAUUUCUUAUUGCAAAGCUGAAUCUGAAGACCAGUGGAUGGAAGGAAGCGCUGGUUCGAUCAAUAUCAGCAACAUCUUGACAGGAAAAUGCUUGGCCAAAAUAAAUGCCAGCAAUGGCAGCCCCAAACGUGAUGGUGGGUGCAGCAGCAGUAGCUCAAAGCAGAGUCAGUCUUCUAUGAGAAGUACAGUUGCUGAGGCAUUGGAAGACAUAACUGCACUUUUCUACGAUGAGGAGCGGAAUGAGAUCUACACUGGUAAUAGGUUUGGGCUGGUUCAUGUGUGGUCUAAUUGAAAGCGUAGAGCACAUUACUUUGUAUCUAGAUGCUAUAAAUGUGUGCGAAGGAUGAUCCUGUUAUACCAGCAAUGGCACCUGCAUUGUUAAUAGACAUGGUCUGGUUCAUAUAUGGCAACUUCAAGUGCAGGUUAUCAUCAAAUUUGAUCUUGGCACAAUAUUCCACAGCCAGAGGUGUUCUGUCAUGCUUGCCUUUGCUUCUGCCUGCAGAUAGAAUGGCUUCAGGAUAUUCUUUCAUGCCUGUCUCACCUUCAUAAUGGAUUGUACCAUUAGUUUUUUUUUUUUAAGCUUCUUGUAGAUCUACAUUUGGUAGUUCUUAGGCUGUCUGAUUAAGAUGCAAGGGAAGAGGUUAAAGUUUGUUGAAGCAUUAAAAUUGUUUUAGAUUAUGCCCACAUGUAACAUCAAUUUGUAUUCUAUUUUCUGUUUGUGAAGCAAGCAUUAUGUUUGCUUGUUAACUACCAUCUGUCUCUACUGCAGUUUGAGGUUGUGUAAAGAAGGUAAUGGAAGUGAAAUUCCUGCAAAGUGAAAUUGAAAUCAUCAAUCCAUUUUUUAGUGCUA